CUUUAAUGACGGUGGAAUAAUUAAUAAAAAAAAGGAAGAAAAAGUGUGGCAUUGAUAUCAGAAGAAACAGAGAGCUUUUGUUCUGGAAUUGAAGCCAUCGCCCUUUUAAUUAGCUUCUAACCCAAAAAGAAAGAGGGGGAAAAACAUGUCAUAUUUGGGUCUCGUGAUUGGCUUAUUAUUGUUGCUCUUAAAUUCAAGUUUAGGAGCUGUUGCUGUUACUUAUGAUUAUAGUAGAAAUGAUUUUCCACCCAGUUUUGUUUUUGGAUCUGGCACUACGGCUUAUCAGGUGGAGGGAGCAGCAAAGGAAGAUGGUAGGACACCAAGCAUUUGGGAUACUUUUGCUCACUCUGGAGAUGGACCAGGAGGAAAUGGUGAUGUAGCAUGUGAUGAAUACCACAAAUAUAAGGAAGAUGUGAAAUUGAUGGUGGAUGUUGGACUUGAUGCUUAUAGAUUUUCCAUCUCAUGGUCAAGACUUAUUCCAAAUGGAAGAGGAUCCAUAAAUCCAAAGGGCUUAGAAUACUACAACAAUCUCAUCAAUGAACUAAUUAGCCAUGGAAUUCAACCCCAUGUAACAUUGCACAACUUUGAUCUCCCACAAGCACUUGAAGAUGAAUAUGGGGGAUGGGUCAGUCCAAAGAUUAUAGAAGAUUUCAAAGCAUAUGCAGAAGUAUGUUUUAGAGAAUUUGGAGAUAGGGUGUUGCAUUGGACAACUAUAAAUGAAGCUAAUGUGUUUGCAAUGGGAGGAUAUGACUUGGGGUUUGUGCCACCUAAUCGAUGUUCACCUCCAUUUGGAACAAGAAAAUGCUCUAAAGGAAACUCCUCUACUGAGCCUUAUUUGGUUCUCCAUCAUUGUCUAUUGGCUCAUGCAUCAGCUGCAACUUUCUAUAACAAAAACUACAAGGACAAACAACAUGGUUUUGUUGGGAUCAGCAUCUAUAUGUUUCGAUUUGUUCCUUUUACUGACUCAAAAGAAGACACCAAUGCUGUCGAAAGAGCCUAUGAGUUUCUUGUCAAUUGGCUCCUUCAUCCAUUAGUGUUUGGUGAGUAUCCCAUGUUGAUGAAGAAAAAUGUAGGUUCAAAAUUGCCAAUUUUCACAAAGGCUGAAAGCAGUCUUGUGAAGGGGUCUGCUGAUUUCAUUGGGAUCAUACAUUAUCAAAAUUGGCAUGUCAAGGAUGAUCCUUUUAGCCUAAAGAUGGAAACUAGGGACCUAACAGCUGAUAUGGGAGCAAAGAUAAUGAUGUUGAAGGAAAAUGUCACAGCACCAGAGAGCUUGCAAAGAGUGAUAGAGUACUUGAAGCAAGUUUAUGGCAACCCUCCAACUUAUGUCUAUGAAAAUGGUCUUCCAAUGAAGAGAAGCUCAUUAUUAGAAGAUGUGCCAAGAGUGGAAUACAUGCAUGACUACAUUGGUGCAGUUCUUGAUGCUUUGAGGAAUGGAUCAAAUGUAAAAGGAUAUUUUACAUGGUCAUUUCUCGACCUGUUUGAAUUAUUAGAUGGAUAUCAUUCAAGUUAUGGAUUAUUCUACGUAGACUUGAAUGAUCCAAAUUUGAAACGAUAUCCCAAACUUUCAGCUCAAUGGUAUUCUAACUUUUUGAAAGAGAAGACUACCACAUUAAACGAAGUUUUUUUAGCUAAAAAACAAUCAAAGGAUACUUCCUUCUUAGUCAUACGUACUAUGUAAUGAAUCACAUACAUUUGAAUAAAGUUUAAAAGUGCCUAUA